UUUCUAUACUCCUUAACCGGAAGUCGUUUGGCGCAGUCGUUGUUAAUGACGCUUUCGUGUCUUUCAAGUAUAAUUAUGGUGUAGAUCUUAUUCGGAAGAUAUUUUGACUUUGGUUUUUAUUAUUGUAUGGAUAAAGUGCAUUCACAUGCUCUAAACACUUAUUCUGAUAUCACUAAAUUAUCUCCAUUAAAUGUUGAUAUGACCGUCAUAAACAAUCCAGAUCCUGAUAGAAGUGGCGUUAUACAGGAUACAUGGUGUGCGAAACAGUCCAGUGACUUAGUUUCAACUCCAAAUGAUUUAGUUUCCUUGGCGUGGCUUCAGAAUAAAGAUAUUUUGCAGAUAGCUCCGUUAGAUGGAGAAGAAGAUGGGAAUGAUUCUGUCAGUUCAGCUAUCCCAGGACAGCCAGAGGAUGAAGAUAGUUUUGAUCCUAAUCCCGUUUUACGUAUGGGUUCGUUCGGCCCUAAUGUUAACCAUCCACCUCCACUAGUAUCCGGAUCACAGUUCUCAAUUGUAGACAAAAGUGUUCGGCGCCCUGCUUCUGUUUCUGGAGAUCGGUUCCCUUACUGCGAACAACCUCGGUUUUCAACAAAUCCUGCCGUUGGUAUUGGUAAUCACGGUCUUACAAAGCCAAAUUACAGUUAUACACAUCUUAUAUUUAUGGCGAUCGAGUCUACUCCACAAAAAUGCAUGACUGUUAAUCAGAUUUAUAACUGGUGUGAAUCAAAUUUUCCAUUUUAUAAACAUGCUGGCGUUGGUUGGAAAAAUUCUCUCAGACAUAAUCUCUCUAUUAAUAAGUCUUUCAAGCGCCUACCUCGUGAUAGUCGUG